UCGUCCAUGUAUUUACGGACGAAAACUUGACUUGGUUGUUUAUUGAGUUUCAACGUUUCAAGCUUUGAAAAUUAGAGAACGGGGAAGACAAUUCUUCUAUGAUUUAGAGUGAAAUUAUAAUUCUUCCAUCACCAAAUCAAACAGGAUUUAUUCGAAGAACAAUUGCUUUUUGCAAAGAUAAUCAAGAAUAUGGAGAUGCGUAACUUGGAAUUAAGUCAUUUGUUUAGUACAUUUGAAUAUAUGCUUCACAAUGUAAAACUCCGAUACAUGGACGGGCAAACAAUAAUGAUUCAUGAUGAUUAAUCGGCUGGACAAGCAAUGAUCAAGGUUGAAUUAUAUUUGCUGUUUCCUAAUGCACACAAUAUGUUUGAUAAUUUGUGUCACUGAGAGAAUUGAGAAAUAAGACUGCCUGUGUGCAAUUAGUCAAAGCCAUGGAUAGUUUGUGCAAAUUCGCAUUGACCAUGGUGCAAAACUAAUUGAAUUUUCGUCAAAUGGAUGUAGGAAUCAAGUCAAAAUGUCAAAUGUAGGGUUGGUUUCAAGGGGUGAUCAGAAUUGCCAAAAUAAGAGUUUAUAGAGAGAAGAGGUCUCAAAACACGAUGGUGAAUCUUUUUUUGGGGUGGCUUUAUAAUGGGGUCCGUCUGAUAUCUUAUCUUUGAAGUAUACUGGUUGGGGGGAGGUUCCACUCAGGUGAGGAUUUGACCCCGGUUUGGGCCCAAGAAGUUGUAUUGUUGGCCACUGCACUGGUAACUUUUCUUCAUAGACGAUGGCGCAUUAUCGUACUACAACAACAUUCCAUUACUCAAAUGCUACUAAGUAACUGACUCCCACUUAGGGCAGAGUUUAGAGGCAGGAUGUAUGCGAGCUUAACUUAAGACUUCUAUUGUGAUGCACAAACAUUCUAAAGCUAAAGGUUCUCUGAAUUCUUUCACCAUGGACCACAUCAUUUGUUUCUAAAGGGAUGAAAGUAGUAGAGAAACUCCUUAGUGAGUGCUAUGUGAUGACAUAGUUAAUCUGUGGAACAAAAACCAUUUCUUCAUUGAAGCAACUGAUGAAGCCCCUUAAUUACUCAUUGUGCUCUUGCUUCUUUACUAGGGUUUGGGUUGUCUUUAUGAAUUCACUAAUGAAGUGUUCAAAAAAAUCUCUUCUUCAGAUCAUCAAAAUCACCGACGCACUCAAUUGGGAAUGUCUGGUAUAAGCGUGUGCAAUGUCCAUAAGGUUGACCGGGAAGUGUCUCAGGUGACCACAUUGAUAGCUAUAGUUCCAUACAAUAACAUUCUGUUACGCAACUUUUACCUUAGUGAUAACAAAGAGUUUGUUACCAAUUGGCCUUUGAUACAUCAUCUGUAACUUCACAUAUAUAAGUGCAAUGAUAUGAUGAACCAUUUUGAUAUGGUACAUUAUAAUCCGAAACUAGAUACUAUAUCACCCAACCUAUUCAACUGUCUUCCAAACUUUGAGACUGCAUCAACGAUAUCCCAGAAAAUAGAGCUCUAACAAAACAGAGAUGGCAGACCCAACUCUACUGUUCCAAGUCAACAUAUACACUUUGAUUGAGCAAAGGAAAGUUUCAAUUCUUAACAUACUUGAGUAUCUAAUCUUUGGUUAGUCAAUUUUGAUCAGGCCUGGGAUGCAUUGGUGAUUGACCUCUUCCUGAAGAAUUGAAAUUUUCCAUUUGAUGAUUUAAAGAAGAAGAAUUUUGAGCAGCCUAAAAGCCGGACAAGGUUUUUGUGUUGAAGUUUCAAUAAGACUACCACCUCAUUCAUGAAUUUAUGCAGGCCUUGUCUGGAUGAUCUUGAUAGUCUUUUAACCGCUAUUUCUUUUCCAAAUGAACCACACUUUCAAUAAAACUCGCAUUCAGAUCCUAACGAUUGCCACGAAACGUUCCACUUCCUGUUAGCACCAUCCCAGUUUUUUAGGAACACAUUUCCAUCAUAAUUCAGCACAUAAUUAGCCAAUAUUGACUGAUUUGCCACAGAGAAUAAGAAAUCAAAGGUACCUUCAUUGUCAUUAUUCAUAAACCAAAAUUCAUUACCAGCCCCUGCAGAAACCGAAGGCACACCAAGGAAAUGAGAACCAUUCCAUGGACCAGAUCGCCAAUACGGUUUAUCAUCGUACUGAGUGACAAAAUCCGGAAGUGCACCAGCAAUAAGAAUAAGCUUAAACCUUCCACUAGACGGGUCUGAAGUGUUCUUCCAUGACCGUAAUACUGCUUUCUCUUCCAUUUGUUGAUCAAUCACGAGCCUCAUUGGCAAUAACACGUUUGUGAGCUGAUCAAAACUCUGCCAUACGACAGUCCUGCUAGAACCCGAAAGCAACACCAAGUUCCCCGUGUCAAAUAAGACACAUUCGAUGACCACCACUGCCAGCAUCACAACCACCAAAUUCCUUAGAGACCCAGGAACUUUAGCAUCUAACAAUGCCGUUUUUAAAAUGGGGUUUUUCAGUCCCGCCAAUUCGACCAAUCGCUACUUUGGAAUCUGGUAUGAUCUUAAGGAGUUUGAUGCAACAGAUGUUGUAUGGGUAGCCAACAGCAACAACCCUAUAAAGGACUCUUCUGGGUUUCUUAAAGUUUCCAAUAACGGAAACCUUCAACUUUUGAAUGAACAAAACGUUCUAUUUUGGUCAACAAACACAUCUCAUCAGACAAACAAUUCAUUAGUUGCUCAUCUUUUAGACACUGGAAACCUUGUUUUAGUUUCAACAUCUACUAGCAUGAUAAUCUGGCAGAGUUUUGAGCAUCUGACUAACUCAUUUUUAUCACAAAUGACAAUCUCCAUCAACAAAGACAAUAUCCAUGAGAAGUCAACUGUACUAAGAUCCUGGAAGAAUGCUUCUGAUCCAUCAGAUGGAUAUUUUACUCUUGGAAUUAUUCCUAACACACUUCUAGAAUUUUCCAUUUGGGAUGCUAAUAAACGUUACUGGAGAUCAGGUCCAUGGAAUGGUAACUUGUUUAUUGGAGUACCAUCUUUAACAGCUGAAGCUACGUUUGGAUUUCGUAUUAUACAGAAUGUGAUUGAAGGAACAGUUGAGAUCUUGUUCUCUGUAACAGAUGAUACAUUGAUCAUAUACUUUUUCUUGAAUUAUGACGGCAAUAUAUUGUUGAAAAACUUGGAAGAUGAUAAGUCUAAAUGGAAAAUUUGGUGGCAAUCCUUUCAAUCUGAGUGUGAUGUUUAUGGUAAAUGUGGUGCCUUUGGAAGAUGUAAUCCAAAGGAUUCACCAAUCUGUAAGUGUAUCAAAGGAUUUGAGCCGAAAAACAUAGAUGAAUGGAGGCAAGGGAAUUGGACUAAUGGGUGUACACGAAGAACACGAUUGCAAUGCAGCAGUGAUAACAAUGGUAAAAAUACAAGAGACAAAUUAGAUGGGUUUUUACUGCUGAAGGAUACAAAAGUGCCUGAUUAUGCUGAAUUUUUAUUAGUUGAUGAUGAAAAUCAAUGUAAAAUGAAGUGUUUGGGACAUUGUUCAUGUUUAGCUUAUGCAUAUCCCAAGGGUAUUGGGUGCAUGAUAUGGAAUGGAAGUCUAAUUGACUUGCAAGAACUUUCUCCAGAUGGUACUGAUAUUUUUAUUCGUUUAGCUCAUUCUGAACUUGGAGAAAGAAAUUCAAGAAUUCUGUUUAUAGCCAUACCAGUUACCGUCAUUGCAACCUUUUUCUUUGGCUACUAUCUGUGGAGGUGGAUGCGUCGACGAAAUGAUAGGAAAUCUUCAAAACAGGAGAUGUAUUCUCUUGAUUCUGUGCUAAAUUCAAUUAAUCAUAAAAAUUUAGCAUUGUUUAAAUUUAAGCAAUUGGAAAUUGCUACUAAUGGCUUCACACUUGAGAAUAAACUUGGACAAGGUGGUUUUGGUCCUGUGUACAAGGGAAUACUAGAAGGUGGUCAAGGUAUAGCCGUGAAAAGACUUUCGAGUGCAUCUGGACAAGGUCUACAAGAAUUUAUGAACGAAGUACUUGUGAUUUCGAAACUUCAACACAAAAAUCUUGUGAAACUCUUGGGUUGCUGUGUAGAACGAGAAGAGAAAAUACUAGUAUAUGAAUUCAUGCCGAAUAAGAGUUUAGAUGCUCUUCUCUUUGAUUCAAACAAUCAGAAACAACUAGACUGGAAGACACGCUUCAAUAUCAUCAAUGGAAUUUGUCGAGGUCUCCUCUAUCUACACAGAGAUUCUAGAUUGAAGAUUAUUCAUAGAGAUCUUAAAGCAAGUAAUAUUUUGCUUGAUGAAGAUCUCAAUCCAAAGAUAUCAGACUUUGGUAUGGCAAGGAUAUUUGGGACAAAACAGGAUCAAGCUAACACCUUGAGGGUAGUCGGCACCUAUGGCUACAUGUCUCCUGAGUAUGCAAUGGGAGGCCGUUUUUCUGAGAAAUCAGAUAUAUUUAGUCUUGGAGUGCUACUAUUAGAAAUUAUCAGCGGAAGGAAAAACCGAAUAGUUUUGGAAUAUGAGCCUUGUGGCCUCCUAAUUCAUGCAUGGAAAUUAUGGAAGGAGAACAACAUGCUUUCAUUGAUUGAUUCAACUGUUCUUGACGCUUGUUUUCAAGAUGAAAUUCUGAAGUGCAUACAAUUGGGAUUACUUUGCGUUCAAGAAUUUCCCGAAGAUAGGCCCACAAUUUCAGCAUUGAUUACAAUGCUUGAUGUCACUGACAUUACGGAUCUUCCACACCCGAAACAACCCGGAUUUACUCAAAGGCAGGCGUGUGCUUCUGAUGGGUUACCCCAUCAUGGCGAAGAACAUUUUACUUUGAAUCAUCUUUCUUUUACUGAUGUACUAGUGGAACAAUCAUGUGGCAGAGUUUUUAUCAUCCCACGAAUUCACUUUUGCCACAAAGGCUUUUGAUUUACAAGGAUAUGAAUGAGAAUCCAGUACUGCGGUCAUGGAAGGGUGCUUCAAAUCCGUCAAGUGGACGCUUUACACUUAAACUUAUUCCUGGCACACUUCUGGAAUUUCUUACUGAGUAUGAUGAUAAACCGUACUGGCGAUCUGGCCCAUGGCAAGGUAAUGGUUUUAAUGGAGUGCCUGAUUUACAUGCUGGGGCUGGGAAUGGGUUUAGCUUUUUGAAUGAAAAUUAUGAGGGCACUCUUACCUUUCUAUUCCUUGUGCCAAAUCAGUUAUUGAUGGCGCAUUAUGUGUUGAAUUAUGAUGGAAAUGUGCUCUCGAAACACUGGGAUGAUGGUAGUCGAAAGUGGGUUAUUAAUAAGCAAUCAAUGCGAUCUGAUUGUGAGCUUUAUGGCAAGUGUGGUCCUUUUGGAUUUUGUAAUGCAAAGGAUUCUCCUUUAUGUAGUUGCUUGAUUGGGUUUGAGCCAAAGAACAUCACUGAAUGGAGUAUUGGAAAUUGGACGAGUGGUUGUGUACGAAGGACGCCGUUGCAAUGUUACAGUACUAGAGGCGAAGUAGACGGCUUUUAAAGGCUUAAGCGCAUGAAAGUGCCAGACCAUGGUACUUGGUUGCUCACAAAUAAUGAAGAUGAUUGUAAGAGGACAUGCUUGCAAAAUUGUUCGUGUUUAGCUUUUGCGUAUCCUUCAGGUAUUCGGUGCAUAGUAUGGAACGGAAGCCUAAUAGACAUACAACAAUUUUCUGUUGAUAGUGCUGAUCUUUUCAUUCGUUUGGCUCAUUUCGAGCUAAGCGAUCUCUUUGAUUGAAUUAUUCAUUUUCUUUUCUAAUAUAUAUCUUUGUAUCGAGAGUUCUUUUCAUUUUGUGCCUAUUUUCCUUUCUCAAUAGUUUUGAAUUGUAUGUACGGUAAGUAGACUCAUUAAAUUAUUUGUAAUUUUUAUUUAUGUAAAGCUACAAAAAAUGUGUUAUAAAGGGUCAUCGAAAUAAAUCACUUUGUUUUUGCAAGGAACAGUUGUGUUACUUGUGUACAUCCGACCCCCUAACCUGCCCAGGCGGGAACUAAUUAAUCGAUGACACUGGGAUAAUGAAAUGUUGUUGAGACUUCAUUUAAUGUUUUCCCAUUUUGUAGGUGAAACUAGCAAGCCGAAAAUAAUCGUUGCAGUAGUAGCUAUUGUCGCUGCUAUAUUUGUUGUGUUCGUGUACUACUGUGGAAGUUGAUUCGCCGACAAAAUGCAGGCAUGAAAGCCGCAAACAAGGCACAACAGCUGGUCGACUACAGUUUGGAUCAAGCUGUUUCCAAAGAUUUAGUAUUAUUUGAAUUUAAAAAGCUGGAAGUUGCAACCAGUGACUUUUUAGCAAUCAAUAAGCUAGGGCAAGGUGGUUUUGGUCCGGUGUACAAGAAGAUGGGCAAGAGAUUGCCAUCAAAAGACUUUCACGAGCUUCAGGACAAGAUAUAGAAGAAUUUAUGAACGAGUUGCUCGUGAUCUCGAAACUUCAGCACAAAAAUCUUGUCAGAUUGUUGGGCUGCUGUGUAGAAG